AUGUACGAGUACACCACUAAAAGACGUAGUGGAUUGUCAAAUCUAAAACCCGACCAUUAUCCUGACUAUUCAAUACUGAAAGCUAAGCAGUAA